AUGCCUUUCCAGGCCAUGCUGAAGCUGCACACCUUGCACAUCACCUCGCUCCCUCCCUCCGAUGACGAUGACGAGGAUGCCCCGAUGCGCCCGCGCACCAUCCACCUCUACACGAACAAGCCACAUAACCUCGAUUUUGCCGAAGCCGACGACACGCCACCGACACAAGUGAUAGAGCUGUCCGAGAAGGACUGGAACGCGUCGGGCACGGCCAACGUCAGCCUGCGUUACGUCAAGUUCCAGAACAUUACGAGCCUCGUACUGUACGUGGUCAACGGCGACGGUGACGGCGACAAGGUGCGGCUGGACCGCGUGCGCCUUGUCGGCGACAGCGGCGAGAAGCGUGAGAUGGGCAAGCUCGAGAAGAUUGGCGACGAGCCUGGCGAAUAG